CUCAGGUAUGCAUGAUGGGAGUUGUAGUUUCCCUUGAGGCCAAGCUGGAGCCCAUGGGAACAUGGACCAUGAUAUUCCUGAGCCUCUUUUUGGAAGGGAGGUCCAAGUGGAAUAUAUCCCUCAGAGAGUCAUGAGACAAGCAGCCCUUCUCUGGAAAGUUCAGAAAAAAGGGAACUUCGCCUGCUUUAAAGCCUCUCUGGAGCCUUUGAUGUGGUCCUAGGGAAGCAAUGGGCAGCGAAAGGGGAAACCUUUGCUCCAUCAUCCCCAUCCUCACAACUCUAGUUCUACUCUCUGGUUUUGUGAAGACGAGGCUUCUGCAAGGCAAGCAGGACAGCUGGGGGAAGAAGCCCAACGUGGUGCUGGUGGUCUGCGACUCCUUCGAUGGAAGACUAACAUUUCAUCCAGAAAAUGAAACGGUGGCCUUGCCUUUCAUAAGUCUCAUGAGGAGACAUGGCAGCCUUUUUCUUAAUGCCUACACCAAUUCUCCAAUAUGUUGUCCUUCCCGUGCAGCCAUGUGGAGCGGCCUUUUCACUCACUUAACUGAAUCUUGGAAUAACUUUAAGGGCUUAGAUCCAAAUUAUACAACAUGGAUGGAUCUCAUGGACAAGCAAGGCUAUUAUACCCAGAAAUUUGGGAAACUAGAUUAUACUUCAGGGCAUCAUUCACUAAGUAACCGUGUGGAGGCUUGGACCAGAACUGUUGAUCUUUUGCUUAAGCAAGAAGGCAGGCCUGUGGCAAAACUCAUAAAUAACAAGACACAUGUGAGAGUCAUGGAAAAAGACUGGGCAACCACUGAUGAAGCAGCUACUUGGAUAAAAAAUAAAGGAGUGAAUUUGACACAACCCUUUGUUCUUUACUUGGGAUUAAAUUUACCUCACCCAUAUCCUUCACCCUCUUCAGGAGAAGACUAUGGGGCAUCUACAUUUCUGACAUCCACAUAUUGGCUACACAGGGUGAAAUAUGAAGCCAUCAAGAUUCCAAAAUGGUCACCAUUUUCAGAGAUGCACCCAGUAGAUUAUUAUUCUUCUUACACCAAGAACUGCACUGGGACAUUUACUGAAAAAGAAAUCCGCAGUAUCCGAGCACACUAUUAUGCCAUGUGCGCAGAAACUGAUGCUAUGCUAGGAGAAAUAAUUUCUGCUCUGAAUGAAACAAGAUUACUCCAAAAUACUCAUGUCAUAUUCACAGCAGAUCAUGGUGAACUUGCCAUGGAGCACAGACAGUUUUAUAAAAUGAGUAUGUAUGAAGCAAGUUCUCAUGUUCCUCUUCUUCUAAUGGGACCAAACGUUAAACCUCAAUUCAUAUCCAGUGUGGUGUCCCUGGUGGAUAUCUAUCCUACCAUGCUUGAUAUUGCUGGAAUCCCCAUACCAAAAAAUCUCAGUGGAUUUUCAUUGAUGCCCUUAGCAUUGGAAAAGAUAGUAGACAAAGUCCCAUCUAGAGCGGAACGUUCUCCUUGGGUUCUCAGUGAAUAUCAUGGCUGUGAUGUGAAUUCUUCAACUUAUAUGCUGCGAACUGACAACUGGAAAUACAUAGCUUAUGGAGAUGGCCAUUCAGGGUUUCCACAGUUGUUUGAUCUCUCUGCUGAUCCUGAUGAACUAACGGAUAUAGCAGCAAAGUUUCCAGCCAUCACACAGUCUUUGAACAAAAUGCUGUUCUCCAUAAUUGACUAUCCGAGGGUCUCUGCCUCUGUUGAACAAUAUAACAAGCAGCAAUUCAUCAACUGGAAACAAACUUUAGGACAAAACUAUUCUGACACCAUAGCUAACCUCAGGUGGCAUGAAGACUGGAAAAAGAACCCCAAAAAGUAUGAGCAUGCAAUUGAUAGAUGGAUUAAAAGCAGCUCAGGUGAAACGUCUAUAGAAAGUCAGGACCAAAUAUCCCAAAUAAUCUAAUUCUGAGCAAAGACGACAGGUUUAAUGAGGUAUCUUUCACUCCUUAUUGGAAGUGGAUUUGGGAGACACUUCCAACCAGCCUGCCCAUUUCAAAGGUAAAAAUUACACUGGGAAUGCAAGGAAAACAGGAAUGUAUACUUGUACUAUACUGCCAUAUAUACAAGGCUGGACCCUGUAGAAGUGAAUAAAAGACACAUUUUCUAGCCUUGAAAUGUUUCUAAUCUGGCAAAAAAAUAUCUCAGUAUGCAGGAAUUUUUAGAAACCCCUU